AUGUCCGGAGUCCAGGAUCCACAGCCCCAUGGCGGCGAAUACCGCCAACAUCUGCCAGACAUUACUAUCCCGCGUUUCACCACAAUGAGAAGUCAGAAUGCUCACGAAUACGCGGAAGCUUUCAAAAAUAGUGGGAACCCACCGUGGCUACACGCCCUGUAUCGCCACUGGCGUGAGCUCUUCAAGGACCCGUUCACCGGCAUCACGUCGGAUGGUACCGUGAGACACGACUUAUUCGAGCUGGCAGAUGAAGGCGUACCAAUCCAGGAGAUCGUCGACACCACCAACGUCGUAUUAUCACAGCUUAACGACAAGCAAAAGUCUACUCUUUUAUACCACGUUGACUCGCCUGAGUGGCGCUCGUGGUCGAACCCAGAAUUCCUUCUGAGCGACAAAGGUCUGCGUCUCGACGAGCUUGACUCGAACCUCCGAGACAGCAUCCUUAAAGUUCUUGAGGCCACACUGUCGCCGGAGGGCUACGCCAAAGCGCUUGGCGCCAUGCGUAUUAACGGUUUCCUGGGUGAGCUAGUCCAGGCGCCCACCAUCUGCAACGAGUAUUCUUACAACUUUGUGUUAUUCGGUGAACCUUCAAUAACUCGGCCAUGGGGCUUCUGUUUUUACGGCCACCAUCUAUGCCUGAACAUCUUCCUGUACAAGGGUCAGAUCGUGUCGUCGCCGUGGUUCACUGGAGCGGAGCCGAACCUGAUUGACCAAGGACCCCAUCAAGGAACCCGCAUAUUGGAGACAGAGGAACAGCUUGGCCUGCGGCUGAUGCAAUCUCUUCCUGCAACCCUCCAAAAUGAGGCGCAGACUUACAAGUUGCUCAAGGAUCCAGCGAUGCCGAAGGGAAGGUGGAAUCAUGACGACCAAAGACACCUUUGUGGCGCAUACCGAGACAACCGCGUCGUGCCGUACGAGGGCAUUCUAGUGAAUGAUAUGGAUUCCGAGCAGCAACAGCUUGUGAUUGGAAUCAUAGAACAGUAUCUCAUUUACCUUCCUCGAAAGGCCAGGGAGAUAAGGAUCAACCAGGUCAGGUCUUGGUUUCAUGAAACGUACUUCAGCUGGAUAGGAGGUUUUGGUGAUGCGGAUCCAUUUUAUUAUCGGAUUCAGAGCCCGGUGAUCCUUGUUGAGUUUGAUCAUCACUCCGGUGUCUUCUUAACCAACAAAGAGCCGGCCAAAUUCCACAUUCACACUCUCCUUCGAACGCCAAACGCUGGAGACUACGGAAUGGCGCUAAGGCCACUCAUUCCGGGUAUCGAGCAAAGUUUUGUAUGGGAGGGCUAG